AUGCCGCAGCAGCAGUCGCAAGCAAGCAGCGAGGGCGCGGCCAAGACGAGGCCAAGGUCCCGUCGUCAACCUUUGGAGGCCCCCAAGUCGACGACGAGGAAGCUCGUAAAGGCUGUACUGCUGGGCGUGCUCAUGGUCCCCCUGAUCGCCAUUGGCAUUCCCCUCAUCGCCCCGGACCUCUUCAUCGACGAGGGCAGCGUCCUGGCCCAGCUCUCGACCUUCUUUGGCGUGCCAAACCCUCUAUCCGACGGCAGCAGCACCGGUGCAGGCGCCUUCACGUCGUCGUAUUCCUCCUCGCCGCUCCACCACAAUGGCACCGGCUCCUCUUCGGCACCCCUGACGGGCGGCCACACCAACAACUGGGCAGUGCUGGUGUGCACUUCCAAGUUCUGGUUCAACUACCGCCACAUGGCCAACACGCUCGGCAUGUACCGCACCGUCAAGCGCCUCGGCAUCCCCGACUCCAACAUCAUCCUCAUGCUCGCCGACGACGCGGCGUGCAACCCGCGCAACAAGUUCCCGGGCAAGGUGUGGGCCAACUCGAACCGCCAGCUCGACCUGUACGGCGAGAAUGUAGAGGUCGACUACCGCGGCUACGAGGUCAGCGUCGAGAACCUCAUCAGGGUCCUCACGGGCCGAACACCACCCUCGACGCCCCGCUCCAAGCGGCUCGAGAGCGACGCCCGCUCCAACGUCUUCCUCUACAUGACGGGCCACGGCGGCGACGAGUUCCUCAAGUUCCAGGACCACGAAGAGAUCUCGGCGUUUGAUAUCGCCGACGCAAUCGAGCAGAUGUGGGAAAAGAAGAGGUACCACGAGCUCUUCUUCAUGGUCGACACCUGCCAGGCCAACACCAUGUACAGCCGCAUCUACUCUCCCAACGUCCUCGCAACGGGCAGCAGCAAAAAGGGCCAGAACUCGUACUCGCACCACAGCGAUGGCGAUCUGGGUGUGGCGAUGAUCGACCGGUUCACCAACCACGUCCUCGAGUUUAUGGAGGACAAGAACAAGACGAGCGAAACCACCAUGCAGGACCUCUUCGACAACUACAAUCCGGACGUCAUCCACUCGGAUCCGGGCGUGCGCACCGACCUCUUCCACCGCCCCCUCGACCACGUCAAGGUGACCGACUUCUUUGGUGGCGUCGCACAGGUCGAGCUAACCAGGCCUGCCGCGCGCCUCGUGCCGACGCACGAGGAGCUCUUGGACGCGGUAGAGCGCAGCGAGCAAGGGUACGAGGUCGUCCCGGGUCGCGUCUUCCUUUCCGCGGCCCGUUGCCAGGGCGCCGGCCAAUCCGGUGCUGGAUGCGGCGCGGUCUAG